GUGGCGCCUUUUAGCGGCGGGCGCGCGGCCCCGGGCGCGGACGGCGGCAUGUCGGGCACCCGCGCCCCCAACGAGCGCGCCCCCGGCGCGGGCGGCGUCAAGCGCGGACGGCUGCAGCAGGACGCGGCCGGCGGCUCCCGGGUGACCGUGGUGCUGGGCGCGCAGUGGGGGGACGAGGGCAAGGGCAAGGUGGUGGACCUGCUGGCCACCGACGCGGACAUCAUCAGCCGCUGCCAGGGGGGCAACAAUGCGGGUCACACGGUGGUGGUGGACGGCAAAGAGUAUGACUUCCACCUGCUGCCCAGCGGGAUCAUCAACGCCAAGGCCGUGUCCUUCAUCGGGAAUGGCGUGGUGGUGCACCUGCCGGGCUUGUUCGAAGAGGCCGAGAAGAACGAGAAGAAAGGUCUGAAGGACUGGGAGAAGAGGCUCAUCAUCUCGGACCGCGCCCACCUCGUGUUUGACUUUCACCAGGCAGUGGACGGCCUGCAGGAGGCGCAGCGCCAGGCCCAGGAGGGCAAGAACAUCGGCACCACCAGGAGGGGCAUCGGGCCCGCCUACUCGUCCAAGGCCGCGCGCACGGGCCUGCGCAUCUGCGACCUGCUGUCCGACUUUGAGGACUUCUCCACCAGGUUCAAGAGCCUGGCCCGCCAGCACCAGUCCAUGUUCCCCACGCUGGAGAUUGAUGUGGAAGCGCAGCUCAAAAAGCUCAAGGGCUUCGCGGAGCGGAUCCGCCCCAUGGUCCGGGACGGCGUCUACUUCAUGUACGAGGCGCUCCACGGCCCGCCCAAGAAAAUCCUCGUGGAAGGCGCCAAUGCUGCGCUUCUGGACAUCGACUUCGGAACCUACCCCUUCGUGACAUCCUCCAACUGCACAGUGGGCGGCGUGUGCACGGGCCUGGGCAUCCCCCCCCAGAACGUGGGCGAGGUCUACGGUGUGGUGAAGGCCUACACCACCCGCGUGGGCAUCGGGGCCUUCCCCACCGAGCAGAUCAAUGAAAUCGGGGACCUGCUCCAGAACCGGGGCCACGAGUGGGGGGUGACCACAGGCAGGAAGAGACGCUGUGGCUGGCUGGACCUGGUCAUUAUCAGAUAUGCUCACAUGGUCAAUGGCUUCACAGCGCUGGCCUUGACAAAGCUGGACAUCCUCGAUGCCCUGGAUGAACUGAAAGUGGGUGUCUCGUACAAGCUGAACGGGAAGAGGAUCCCCCACUUCCCAGCUAACCAGGAGAUCCUGCAGAAGGUGGAGGUGGAGUACGAGACGCUGCCGGGCUGGAAGGCCGACACCACGGGCGCGCGCAAGUGGGCCGACCUGCCCCCGCAGGCGCAGAACUACAUCCGCUUUGUGGAGAACCACGUCGGCGUGGCAGUCAAGUGGGUCGGCGUGGGCAAGUCCAGGGAGUCGAUGAUCCAGCUGUUCUAGCUGAGCCGGACGCGGCGUCCGCUUCUGUCCCUUCCCACCCCGCACACCCGGCUGGGCGCCUGAGGACCCCUGGCGCCCACCUGCAUGCUGGUCAGUCAUGGGGCCCGGAGCUCGCAUCUCUGUCCCUGCUGCGUGUCACUAAUAAAUAUGCCGGUGGCCUGUC